UCGCGGGCCGGCGGGGCGGGGAGCCCGGCUUCUGGGGAGGUGCCGCCCCGCCACGGGUGCAGGCCGCCAAGACCCCCGGACGGACCUCCUAGGGCUAAUCUGAUAGUGCCUCUGAGGUUGAUAGGACUCCACGUGCAACUCCCUGCGGGGUCAUCCAGCAAGUAAGUCCUAGACUCGUAGGUGCCCACAGAGCCGGUUACCUCUGGUUCUGCGCCAGCGUGCCCCACCCGCAGGACUGCCGGGUUCUUUGAUUUCUACACUUUCUAAAACCAAACCCGAGAGGAAGGGCAGGCCCAGGGUGGGGAUGCCCUGAAAUAUUCGAGAGCAGGACCGUUUCUACUGAAGAGAAGUUUAUAAGAACGCUCUGUCUGGGGCGGGCGAGGCCUCAGCUAGGCUGGUCCGGUAGCGAGGGCAGGGCGUGGGCCGCGCGCCCGGGGUUGGGGGAGUAGGGGGCAGGAAGAGGGGGAGGAGACAGGGCUGGGGAGUGCCCUGCCGAGCGCCCGCCAGGCUCCACCCGCUCCCGCGCCGCCUCCCUCUCCCCACCCGCCGCACGUACUAAGGAAGGCGCACAGCCCUCCGCGCUCGCCUCGCCGCCCCGCGUCCAGCUCGCCCAGCGUCCGCCGCGCCUCGGCCAAGGCUUCAACAGACCACACCAAAAUGCCGUCUCAAAUGGAGCACGCCAUGGAAACCAUGAUGUUUACAUUUCACAAAUUCGCGGGGGAUAAAGGCUACUUAACAAAGGAGGACCUGAGAGUACUCAUGGAAAAGGAGUUCCCUGGAUUUUUGGAAAAUCAAAAAGACCCUCUGGCCGUGGACAAAAUAAUGAAGGACCUGGACCAGUGCAGAGAUGGCAAAGUGGGCUUCCAGAGCUUCUUUUCCCUAAUUGCGGGCCUCACCAUUGCAUGCAAUGACUAUUUUGUAGUACACAUGAAGCAGAAGGGAAAGAAGUAGGCAGAAACGAGCAAUUCCCUCCUCCCUGAUAAGAGUUGUCCCAAAGGGUCACUUGAGGAAUCUGCCCCACAGCUUCCCCCAUAGAAGGAUUUCAUGAGCAGAUCAGGACCCUUAGCAAAUGUAAAAAUAAAAUCUAACUCCCAUUUGACAAGCUGAGAAAGGAAAGUUAAAUACCAGAUAAGCUUUUGAUUUUUGUAUUGUUUGCAUCCCCUUGCCCUCAAUAAAUAAAGUUCUUUUUUAGUUCC